AUGUCACUCGUCCUAACCGGGGCCGAGGGCGCAUGCGACAGACGGGCGGCGGGCGGCGGGCGGGCAGCUCCCGCUUGUCCACCACACUUCCCACCCCGCGACCACCGGCUCACCACCUGCCCGUCCGAUUUCCCUCACUCCAUCCUUUCCUUGGCAGGGCCUCCAGACGGCGCACACUUACGGAACCUGGGCCCCAGCACGUCAACAUCCGGUUGUCGAGCCGACCAUCACCCAUCAAAUAUAUCGCCCAUGAAGAGGAUAGCAACGCCCAGCUUGACGAGCCGGCUGCUCGUCGCCGCUCGCUCCGGAGUGUCGCCCGCCACUGCCGCCAUCCGAUCCCGAUCUGCAAUCUCGGUGCGAUCGCAAUCGACAGCUGCCCUCGCUCAGCACGAUGCAUCUCACGACCUCAACAAUGACCGGUUCCCCCCGCUUGAGCCCCUCCCCCCCGCGGCCGAGUCCCUACCGUCGCCCCUCCCCGAACGGGCCUUGACCUCGGCCAAACUGGCCGCCCUCCACGCCCGUUUGAACCUUUCUCCCAAGAUCCCCCUACAGACAUUGGCAAGGACACUGGUCGACGCCUCGGCCGACGAGAACCCGCAGUUCAACAACGCCAACCUCGCCUUCGUUGGCCAGACCCUCAUCAACUACCAUAUUGCCGAAUGGCUCCUCUGCAAAUACCCCCGUCUACCCCAGGGAAUUCUCUUCAGUGCCAUGAAGGCUUAUGCCGGACCGAAGCCCUUGCUCCAGAUUGCGCGGUCAUGGGGUGUUGAUACCGCCGCGGUGCCCGGCGGCGAGGUGGAUCCCGGUCUUCUGCAGUUCGAUGCCCUUAAGCCCGGCGUCUCCAUCACAAAUUUCGGCUACAAGCGUACAGAGCUCGCCUACCUCGAGAAGUUCAAGUGGCGUCGCGGUAUGGCCUCGCGUGUCGUUCUCGACGACGACUUUGGUGAUGUCGUGCGCAGCGACCCCAAGGUUGCCGCCGAUCUGGAGAAGGCGAUGGAAGAGCAGGAUCAGGACAAGACUCCCGACGAGGAGGAGGCCGAGAUGGUCGCUAAUGAGCAGGACCAGGACGUGAGCUACGACCGCUACGGCAACCCCGACACCCGGGCCGCUGCUGAGCGGGCCCACGCCUAUUUUGUGCGCGCCGUCGUCGGUGCCAUCUACGCCCACUGCGGCCGCGAGGCCGCCAAGGCCUUUGUCAAGGCGCACAUCAUGUCACGCACCCUCGACAUCGCCAAGCUCUUCGAAUUCAAGUACCCCACCCGCGAGCUCGCCGCGCUCUGCGCCCGUGAGGAUUUCGAGGCCCCCGUGGCUCGCCUCCUCUCCGAGACGGGUCGCCAGUCGCGCACCCCCGUUUUUGUUGUCGGUAUCUACAGCGGCAGCGACAAGCUCGGCGAGGGCGCCGCCUCCUCUCUCGACCACGCCCGCUUCAAGGCCGCCAUGAACGCCCUGAAGGCUUGGUAUCUCUACAGCCCUGGCGAGAACCCUCGGGUACCCAGUGAUAUGCUGGAGGAGGGUGCCAAGCCCUGGACGCCAGCAUACAUUGAUAUGGGUGAGGUUAUCUCCCGCUAA